AAUCAUUAUUACAGAAAAAUUAAUGUGUGUUUUAGUUCAAAAAACAAAACAAAGAAAUUCAAACUUAUUUCCAAUGACAGGCAGGCACGGAUCUAGAAUAAAUACUGAUCCAUUUCCAAAACGAGAGCAAACGGCGAGAGCUUCUUGCUAAGUCUGGGGGCAUGCUCCCUCAGGAAACGUUUUGGCUUUUAACUCCCCCAUUCAGACAGGAUAAUUACCGACUGUCCAAACCAUUUUCCAGAUUUCAAUUUGGAACGUUUUUGUUAAUCAAAAAUAUAUUGGUUAUCAGAAAUCAGACCAAUUUCCGUGAAACUGAAACUGGUGUGGAUCCGUGCCUGACAGGCAAUUGAAAACUGCAAUUCACCACUUAGAAAACGAAAAGGGAACUGGAGCCGAAAUGUGCUCUGCAAUUGCCUCUGGGAUCAU